AUGGGAUCCCAUUAUAAAAUUGAUUUAGAAAAUGAAAGGGAAGAAUUUAUUAAAGUUUACUCAAUUUUAAAAAAUGAUGUAUUCGAUGAACUUCCAAAAAUGAAAUUAGCAAGUAAUGCAAUUGAUUAUAUAAAAGAAUUAUUAAAUUCACCAACAAUUACAGGUGGUAAAAUGUAUAGAGGAUUAGGAUUUCUUUAUUCUUUAAAUACUUUAUUAAUAGCAAAAAAUAAUUUUGAUAAUAAUAAUAAUAAUAAUAAUAAUAAAAAUUCAGAAACAAGCCAACAUGAAGCAAGAAUAAUCGGAUGGUGUCUUGAAUUUUUAUCAUUUUUUUUAAUAACAGAUGAUAUAAUGGAUAAUGGUUUAACAAGAAGAGGUGAAUUAUGUUGGUAUCGUCAUCCAAGUCCAUUUAAUCCAACCGAACAUAAAGUUGGUAUGCUUGCAAUUAAUGAUUCAGUAUUAAUAGAAUCAUUUUUAUUUUUUAUUUUAAAAAAAUAUUUUAAAAAUAAAUCUUAUUAUGUUGAUUUGUUUGAACUAUUUCAUGAAUCAAUUUUUUAUACUGCAACUGGUCAAUUAUUAGAUUCAUCAUCAUUUCAUUUAAAAAGAGGUGAUUUUACAAAUUUUACAUUUGAAAAUUAUUCACAAAUUUGUAUUAAUAAAUCUUCACACCAUGUUUUUUAUUUACAAAUUAAAAUUGCAAUUUUAUUGACAGAUAUUAUGGAUAAUAAUGAGAAACAAAAAGAUGAUACAACCUGUAAAGAAGAAAAAGAUAAAGAAAAAGAACAAGAAGAAGAAUUAAUUAAAAAUAUUUGUUUUAAUUUAGGAAUUUAUGGUCAAGCACAAGAUGAUUAUUUUGAUUGUUUUGGUGAUCCUAAAGUAAUUGGUAAAACUGGUACUGAUAUACAAGAGAAUAAAUGUUCUUGGUUAAUUUGUAAAGCAAAUACAAUUUGUAAUAAUGAUCAAUUAAAUCAAUUAAAAAAAAAUUAUGGAAAUGAUAAUGAAAAUGAUGUCUCAAUUGUUAAAUCAAUUUUUAAAGAAAUUAAUAUACCUAAACAUUAUGAAAAUUUUGAAAAUGAACAAUAUAAUUCAAUAUUAAAAGAGAUUCAAAAAUUAUCAAUAAUUUCAUUACCAAAAUCUGAAAUUCUUUUAUUUUUAUUAAAAAAACUUUUUAAAAGAUCAAAAUAA